AUGGUGGCUCCAACCAUAACCGACGUCACCAUGUUUGCAGUCUGUCCUCACCAACCUGAGUGCUCGAUCGCCAUUUACCUCACUGGAUUUCAACAAGCGGUGAUUGGGCUAGGGACUCUAUUUAUGAUGCCAUUGGUAGGGAAUCUAUCAGACAGAUAUGGGAGAAAAGCUUUGCUGACUCUUCCUAUGAGCCUUUCCAUUAUCCCUUUGGCCAUAUUGGCGUACAGCAGAUCCAGGAACUUCUUCUACGCUUACUAUGUGCUUAAGACUCUCACUUCCAUGGUUUGUGAAGGAAGUGUUCAGUGCCUUGCUCUCGCCUACGUGGCGGACAAUGUCCCGGUGCGAAGGCGGGCGGCGGCGUUCGGGAUCCUCUCCGGGAUCGGAUCGGCAGCGUUCGUCUGCGGCACCUUCAUCGCUCGGUUCCUCUCCACUGCUUCCACUUUCCAGGUGGCGACGGCCGUUGCGAUCGCCGGAACGGUCUACAUGAGGAUUUUCCUUCCCGACGUAGCCGUCGAGGAAAGCCUCAAGACGCCGAUUCUCUGCCGAGGAAAGGAGAAGAUCGUAGCCGAUUUCGCGAACGAGAUCUCUCCGAUUAAGAGCGAGCAGAUAUUCAAAUCGAGGCCUUCCCUGCGAGACAUGCUCACCAUGCUGCAGAGCAGUAAGAUUUUCACGCAGGCGGCGGUUGUUGCAUUCUUCCUCAGCCUUUCAGAUGCCGGCUUUCAAGCCUCCGUAACGUACUACCUGAAAGCCGAAUUCCACUUCAAUAAGGAUCAGUUCGCAGAUUUAAUGGUGAUUUCCGGGGUCGCUGGCACAGUUUCACAGCUAAUUGUGAUGCCAAUAUUAACUCCAUUCUUAGGAGAAGGGGUUCUGCUUUCAGUAGGGCUUUUCUUCUCUUGUGCCCAUAUAUUUCUCUACAGCGUUGCAUGGUCUUUCUGGGUACCUCAAUUUCUUUUCAUAACUGAUGUUUAGAAUAUGAUGAAUGCCUUUACAGAUGGCUAACCUUUUGAAUGAUAUACGUGAACAGGUCCCUUAUGCUGCCUCUAUGCUCUCCAUUUUCUUCGUUUUCUCACAACCAUGUAUGCGGACCAUUGUGUCAAAGCAAGUUGGUUCAUGCGAGCAGGGAAAGGCUCAAGGAUGCAUAUCAGGGAUUUCUUCAUUUGCAAAUGUUGUUGCUCCCUUAGUUUUCUCUCCAUUAUCAGCUUUGUUUCUCUCUGACAAUGCACCAUUCGAUUUCCCCGGUUUCAGCAUCAUGUGCGUUGGAUUUGCAAUGAUGGUAGCGUUCGUUCAGAGUCUCAUGAUUAGGGUUCCUCCUCCCAUUGCAGAAGAGAGAGUCGAUAAUCCGAACCACAUUGAUUCCUACGCAUGACCUGUAGUUUCCCUUAGAAAAUCGACGAUAAUCAGUUAGUUAUUGGAAGCUCUAAGUUGCCAUUUUCACAUUCAUUUUCUCUGUGUGUAUAUUUUUUGGGGAGUCACUGGAAUAAUCUCGGCCCUCCGACGAGAAAAACAGGGCGCCAACUGGAGGGUGAAUGUUAGGCCAUGUGGGGCAGUUUUGUGUUGUUUUUUGGGUUGACCUUAUCUUCACUUCGAAAGGGGUUAUAUAGUGACUUGAAUGUCCUCAUUUUUCAGUACAUUGAUAUACUUUUUUUCGUGUAAUUUAUGUUCCGAACUAUUCAAUAUAGUUGUGUUGUGUCAUUUGUGUCCCAACAAUUUCAUUGAUUGUCAU